AUGAAGAUAUGGAUGAUGACGACACAAGUGUCCGAGCGGAAUCACGAACCAGCGCCGACUGGAGCAGCCUACGGGCAGCACUUGAGACCGCAUUUGGAUCGUUGGGAAACAGCGGCGGAGCAAACCGCAACAGUAGUUGCGUUGACCCUGGUGUGUUUCGGGGGAAGCCGAACGAAAACUUCAAAGAAUUCCUACGAAGGAUUCCGAAGGAAAUAUGGACCGUUAGGAUACGGUGAUAGGACACUAUUAGAAAUUCUGGAAGACGACCACUUGGGUGAAAAGGCCAAAAAUGUAUUCUUGGCAAUCCCACAAGAGAAGUUAGAGGAAGGGUUCGAAGCGGUGGUAAGAGAAUUGGAAAGGCUUCUUUCGAGCGACUCAACUGCGGCUAGAAUGAGAGCUCUAAAUGAGCUAAGGAGCUUGAAAUUAAGACCAAAUCAAUCCAUCUCUGAAUUCUGCGUAAUACUAGAAAAACUCGCUCGUGAGGCUAACCCUGAGAGUAGUUUGAGAGAAAGGUCGUUAGAGUAUGCACAGAUUCUGCUGGAUAACAUGAGAGAAUGGCCCGAACACGUCCAGUUAUUGAGUUUGCUCCAUAGAUCAGACCCUGAGAGCGCAUACAGUGAGAUCAAGCAACUGGCAAUAACUAUAGAGCAGGCAAGGACAGUAUACGGAACGGUGCCAAAGAGUGCGUCAGCAGAGGCCGAAUGGAAAGCAAGGGCACAGGCAUAUAAAAGCCAAAGGGAUAGUGAGCGGUUGAGAUCAAACCCGGAAGAGCGCCAUUUAGUUCACGAGGACGGACAGAAACAAGACGUCGAGACUCGGAAGUGUUUCAUCUGUUUGAAAGUAGGUCAUAUUGCCCGAAACUGUCCGCUGGGAAGAGCCACAGUCAAUAGUAUCCGAGAGAAGCGAACAAAAACAAAGGAAAAUAUGGAAGAAACACGUGUAUCCGAUCUGGUGCGACAAGCCCAAUCAAUGGGAAUGGUAGUAAAAAGAUGCUCUACUGCAACAACCCUGGUCGGAGAGAAGUGGACAGCAUGGGUGAGCAUGCUAAAGGAAAGGGUUCCAGCACAAAUUGACACAGGAUCAAUGGUGAGCAUUGUGUCAAUUGGAUUUCUGGCGAAAGCACAAGAUAACGGAUUCAAUGUUGAUGCUCUAGAAGCAAUUGAUCAAGAAGCGCUUGAUCCUGUUUUUGAUGCCUCUAAUAAUCGCAUGCAGUUUCUCGGUGGAGUUGUCAUACCAGUUAAGAUUGAA